UUUAAAAAAAAUAUUAUAUCUCUUCUCUUUGGAGGCUUGUUUGUUUGUUUACUGCAUGGAAUCGUCGUCGUCGGGAACAAAUUCGUCGGCGAUUCAAACGUCUUCCAGGUCAGAGGAGAAUCUCAUGGAGCAGAGGAAACGUAAGAGGAUGCUCUCAAACCGCGAGUCAGCGAGGAGAUCAAGGAUGAAGAAACAGAAGCUCCUCGACGAUCUAACGGCUCAGGUUAACCAGCUCAAGAAAGAGAACAGCGAGAUCGUGACAAGUGUCAGCAUCACGACGCAGCACUACUUGGCCGUGGAAGCAGAGAACUCUGUUCUUAGAGCUCAGCUCGAUGAACUCAGCCACAGGCUCGAAUCUCUCAACGACAUCAUCGGUUUCCUAGAGAAUACCAACGGGGUUUGUCCGAACCCUCUGACUGGUCCAGAGUCAGAUGACUUCCUCGUGAAUCAGAUGAAUAUGAACAUGUUUCAUAUGAUGAACCAGCCUCUCAUGGCAUCUUCUGAUGCUUUGCUGUAUUAGAAAUGUGGACCAAACAAAGAACCUCGAAAUUACGUAAUGGGACCGCUUCUUUGUCAGAUUUUAAGAUAUGUCCAAAGAGAAAGAGAGAGAGAUAUGUAUAAAUUGGUAUGUUGUUUGAUUGUUCUAGUAGUAUUUCAUUUUCUUGUUGUGCUUUGUUCCGUCUUUGGCGCUAGGUAUUAAAAGCAUCUUUUAUGAGUGUG